UUAUAAAAUAAUUAAAUUAUUUAAAACUUUUAUGAAUGAGCAAUGUUAUAAAAAUUUCUAUACAAAAUUAUCUUAUCAUUUGAGUUUUUGGACAAAUUCCAAAGGAUAGUAUAAUUAAUUUAGAAAUGUUAAACCUUAAAAAAUUUAACUUUGAUUCAGUGUAGAAACGACAUAAGUUUCAGUAACAUUAGGAAUGUUAUGGAUCACUCACUUUUGUUUUCUAAAAUUGUUAAAAAAUAUUAACAGUGAAAUUGGCAAGAUAAUCUAAUAGGGAUUAAUUAAAAAAUACACGAUUUUAGGCUGUCUUAAAUGACUUGAAUGAGAUGAAAUUAUUAAAAAUAUAAUAAAGAAUUUAAUAUAAAAAAAUGUCAAAAAAGGGGCUUCGAAGUCAAGAAUUUAAAAACCUGGUUAAAUUAGAAACUUCCACAGAAUUUAAAAAUAAAAGAUUGGAUUGUGUAAUAUUGAAUAACUAUCUUCAUUUCAUUUUUUUAAAUAUCCUAAAUAAAAAAGCGUUGUUAAACUAAAAUAAGACUUUAAGAUGGUUUAAAAAUUUUAAAUUAAAUAACGAUAAAAAAUACAAUCUAAAAUUCUUGGGUUAACAAAGCCCAUCAGGAACACAUUUAUGGGCAAUUUGAUUGAUUCAAUAACAAUUUCAGAAACAAUUUUCUUGGAGAAAUUUGAAAUGGAAUGUUUAGACAGGAACUUGGUUUUCUAUGUUUUAAUAGCCUUUCAAUUAUCCUAUACAUUUUUUUGAAAUUUUAAUUUAUUUAAUUCUAAGAAUGAGAAUAGUUUAUUCUUUAAGUUUUUUCAAUGUUUUACUAAGUUUUGCAGUUUUCAAGCCAAUCAUACUUCAAUAUCACGUGGAUAA